AUAGUAUCUUCCCUUCGAGAGAAAUUAAGGAGACUAGUAGUGGUGGCAGUCGUCGUCUAUAACAAUCCGGCGCUUUUGGCUUUCCACAUCUCCCUCCCCCUUGCUUGCCGAUCUCCGAGUUCCAAGGCGAAGCACUGAAGCAGCAGCAAGCGGAAGGCAAGGGAGUGGAGGCCUCUCUCUCUUCCUCUCGCGCGCACCGUCCCGACCGCGCUCCUCAGCUCACCUCCGGGCGGCGCCGGCGCCGUCAUUGCAUUGCGCAGCUGUUUGAACAGAUGCUACAAGAAUCACUUGCGUCCCAUUUUUAGCCUAAAGUAGUCACCCAUGGUCAUCAAAUAUUUCUGAGCUGAUCAAGCUCCAGCCGGCAAACAACUUUUUCCUUGGAUUCCAUAGGAUGCCCUACAGUAAUAAUUGUUCAAAGAAAAUGGUUGCAGAGGCCUUCGCAGUGGAUUUGGAUAAGCCUCUUGUAUUUCAGGUUGGCCAUCUAGAGGAGCAGUAUCAGGACUGGAUUCACCAGCCAAUUGUUAGCAAGGAAGGGCCACGAUUUUUUGAAAAUGAUGUAUUGGAGUUCUUAACACGCACGAAAUGGUGGGCAGUUCCUCUUAUUUGGCUGCCUGUUGUCUGUUGGUGCCUUAGUACUUCUAUCCAGAUGGGCCGUACAAUUACAGAAGUAGCAAUUAUGGUUGUGUUUGGAAUAUUUCUCUGGACACUGAUCGAAUAUGUGUUGCAUCGAUUCUUGUUCCAUAUAAACACUAAAAGUUACUGGGCAAACACAGCACAUUAUCUUCUUCAUGGAUGUCAUCACAAGCAUCCCAUGGAUGGACUUCGACUUGUCUUUCCACCAGCUGCUGCAGCUAUUUUGUGUUUUCCGUUCUGGAACCUAAUCAAGCUCUUUUCGACGCCUUCUACCACUCCCGGCGUGUUUGGUGGUGGCCUGUUGGGUUAUGUGAUCUAUGAUUGCACACACUACUACUUGCAUCAUGGCCAGCCAUCAUCAGAUCCUGCAAAACAUCUCAAGAAAUACCAUCUGAACCAUCACUUCAGAAUUCAAAACAAGGGCUUUGGAAUAACUUCGACCCUAUGGGAUCAUGUAUUUUGUACACUGCCUUCAACAAAAAUGGUUGACAAGAGCACUUGACUUUCUGCUGCAUCAUCUGCCUUGCAAAGCCUAAUAUGAAGAUUCUUCAGGAUUGAUGGAGGAUUUGUUGGAUGAAUUAUUGUUACCCAGUUUCCGACUCUUCUCUGCAGAAUGACUGCAGAUCUAACCAUCGGUUGCAGACUUGCCAUGUCACUGAAAGUUUGUCUCCGGUGCUUUCUCCCCCUGUGAACAAUAUAAUGUGGUAGUCCGGUAAUCAUUCAGAUCAUGUGUCAUGUCCCGUGUUAGAAGUACCAUGUGUACAGAGUUUUGUAGUAUAACCUCUGCAUCUGGCUGUUGGUAGCAGCAGAUAUAUCUACAUAUUUGUGAGACAAGUGUUUGCUUGACAUGUUGAGCAUUUCCCAUUCAAUGAACCAGAAUUUUGUUAACUGAAU